UAGAAAAGUACAAAAUAUUGGAGACGUUCCAGAAAAUUAGCAUUGGCCGCGUCUGCGCGCAUGCGUACAAAGGAGCAGGUGACCGCGCAUGGCAUCUCCUCCUCCGCCACCGCUGCCGCCUGGCUCGCUGACUAUGCCGAGCUGCACGUCCGCGUGCGCGGCUACCACCACCGCAGUGCUCCGGGGGCUCCCGGUGAGAAUCGAGACGGUGACGAUGACGGACGGCCACCCAAGACGCUUCUUCCGAUGCGGCGGAGGAUGCUGACGGUGUUUUAACUGCGGGAUUGGAGGCCAGCUUCCCUCGGUGAGGCUUCGACGCCGGACGGCUCGCCGUUGAAAAAGUUUCAAUUUGCAUGACGUUGAGCCACCGACAGCCUUCAGGAUGAUUGAGGAGGGCAGCAAGCGAGGCAAGGCGGCCGUGGAGAAGAGGCAGCUCUUCAUGGAGAUGAGAGCUCAAAACUUUGACGUGAUCCGACUGUCGACGUACAGGACGGCGUGCAAGCUACGUUUCGUGCAGAAGCGAUGCAACCUUCACCUGGUGGACGUGUGGAACAUGAUCGAGGCCUUCCGGGAUAACGGCCUCAACACGCUGGAGCACCACGCCGAGAUCAACGUGUCGCGGCUGGAGACCAUCCUGUCCUCCAUCUACUAUCAGCUCAACAAGCGGCUGCCGACCACGCACCAGAUCAACGUGGAGCAGUCCAUCGGACUGCUGCUCAACUUCAUGGUGGCCACCUAUGACAGUGAAAGCCACGGCAAGUUGACGGUGUUCUCCAUGAAAGCAAUGCUGGCAACCAUGUGUGGAGGCAAAAUAGUGGACAAGCUGCGCUAUAUUUUUUCUCAGAUGUCGGACUCGAGUGGCGUCAUGUUGUUCGCCAAAUUCGACCAGUUCCUUCGCGAGGUGCUCAAGCUUCCCACGGCCGUCUUUGAGGGGCCCUCCUUCGGCUACACCGAGCACUCGCUCAGGACGUGCUUCCCCCAGCAGAAGAAGAUCACUCUGAACACGUUUUUGGACGUCUUGAUGGCGGACCCUCCGCCGCAAUGCCUCGUAUGGCUGCCGCUCAUGCACAGACUCGCUAACGUCGAAAAUGUCUUCCACCCGGUGGAGUGCUCGUAUUGCCGCAGCGAGAGCAUGAUGGGUUUCCGCUACCGCUGCCAGCAGUGCCACGGCUACCAGCUGUGCCAGAGCUGCUUCUGGAGAGGCCACGCCAACGGACCCCACAGCAACCAGCACCAGAUGAAGGAGCACUCGUCCUGGAAGUCUCCCGCCAAGAAGCUGAGCCACGCCAUCAGCAAAUCCCUGGGCUGCGUCCCCAUCGGCGAGUCUCCUCAUCCCGUGUUCCCCGAGCAGGCCGAGAGAGCCCAGGAGACUCCUCACAACGUUCAGCCCAAAGCAGCGGCCGACCACACGAGCGACACAAUGCUCAUGUCCUCUGAGGGGGCUGCUCCCACCAAGAGCGUCUUGGAGAGUCCCAGCCGGCUGGACGAAGAGCACCGGCUCAUCGCUCGUUACGCCGCACGGCUGGCGGCCGAGACGGGAAACUCCACGCAACAAUGUCCUCCCUCCGACCUAACGUUCACCUUUGACGCCAACAAGCAGCAGAGGCAACUGAUUGCCGAGCUGGAGAACAAAAACAGGGAGAUCCUUCAGGAGAUCCAGAGGCUUCGUCUGGAGCACGAGCAGGCAUCGCAGCCCACGCCGGAGAAGGCCCAGCAGAACCCGACGCUCCUGACAGAGCUCAGGCUGCUCAGACACAGGAAGGACGAGCUGGAGAGGCGCAUGUCGGCCUUGCAGGAGAGCCGGCGGGAGCUCAUGGUGCAGUUGGAGGGACUCAUGAGGCUUCUCAAGGACGAGGAACAGAAGCAGGUGUCACAGUCGGGCGGCUCCCCCCACUCGUCGCCCAGCCACGGGGCGGGCUGCUCCAUGCCCAUGCCCAUACGCUCCACCUCGGCCGGCUCCACGCCGACGCACACGCCUCAGGACUGUAUGGCGGGCCUGGGGGGCGACGUGCUGGAGGCCUUCGCUCAGGGUGUCCCUCGGAAUCUGCGUAAUGAUCUGCUCGUGGCUGCCGACUCCAUCACCAACACGAUGUCGUCGCUGGUCAAAGAGCUCCACUCAGUGGACGACGGGGCGGAAGAGGAGGAGACGAACAUGAGAAAUGGAGGGGAGAGAGGCGUCAUGCAAGUACAGAAGCAGUGAAGCAAGAGCCGGUGCAUCGUCAAAACGGGAAACAAUCAGUAAUGGCGACGACGACAACGGCCGCCAGGCAUUAGCACAUUAGACCAAUGCAUGCUGUAAUCCAAACAGGAGACAAAAAAAAAGAAAAAAAAACAUCUUGACACCUCGCAGCGCAAGCAGGAGGUAUCGAAUUAGCCCGUGUGUUGUCCUGUAAGCUCAAACUCAUCCUGUACUAUUGACCACAUUCAAUAUGGCUCCCGUCGCAUCGCUUUUUAGCGUUAGCUUGGGGUCAUUUUUUUUUUAAUCAUUUAAUUAUUUUUGCAUGAAGCGACACUCACGUCUGCUUUUUGUGCGCUUGCUACGGCCUGCCACACUUGGAGGCUCAAGUAAGAGCUCGGGCUCAGUCAUCCAACUCUUGCAAUUAAGCGCCGUCCGUCUGUCCGGAGGUUAGCACUUUUUUUUUUUUUUCAACGCACACACUUUGCCUGCAAUGUUAAACAAAAAAAAUAGGUGAAAUCAAACCAUAUAAAAUAUGUCAACAAACAAAAAAUAUGUUCUUGGGCCGGAUAAAAAAAUAAUAAUAAAAGAGGCAAUUUUGCAUAUAUUUAAUUUCUGCCGCUGUCUGUAAAAGACGGCGCGCAGGCCACGUUUAGCUGCUCCACUGCUGCUACUGUGUACAACACGGCAACACAAGCGAGAGGACCCUUCACUUGUGUUCUGAGUGCGCUGUGCACUUUUCCUGAAUGACGCAAUGAGGCGAAAUGUGCAAUUAAAGUUCAGCCCGGUGCUCAGGGACUGCAGAGCUGCAAAAUGGGAGCGGGUGAAAAAAAAGUAAUCCAUCACUUCAGUAAAAACUUUUUUUUUGGGGGGGGGGGGGGCAAAGGGGAGUGUUUUGAAGUGUGUUUUGGUGAAGCAUGUUGUCUAUGUCGCACUUUGUGUCUUUUUCCGACCAUUUUGCCCGGAUUGCUGCGUGAAAACGGGAAAAAAACAAAAUGCAAUGCGUUCCGAGUACACUUUUCGGGGCGUGAAGCUCAAACGUGUUGAGAGCAAGGGUGGGCAAAGUACGGCCCCCGGUCCACAUUUGGCCUGCUCCGUUCUUUCAUAUCAGGCCGGCCGGGAACUCGCAUGAUCCUGAGUCCUGCAAUAUGUCGCAUCCAUUCAGCCAUCCCCCCCCCCCUGAAAUGUGUUCGUUCAAUUAAUUUUUAAAACAUGCUUGCAUUUUUGUUCUCUAUUUUAUGUUUCUUUUCAUUGCUUUUAUCCAUUUUCUGUCCCACUUUUUCUUUCUUUUCUUCCUGUUUUCUUGAAAGAAGAGAAGAGAAAUAUUCUAUGAAUUAAUUCCAAUUAAGUUAUACUGCAAACGUAAUUAAAAUAAUCAGUAUUACAUUUUUAUUUUUUAAUUGAAUUAAAAGAACUUCAUUCAUCAAGGUAAAUAUCUUCAUUAAAUUGGCCGCUUAUCUUUUUUUUAUCCUUUAUAUCAAUCAUACAUAAAUAGAAUUGGUUUUAAAAUGUAUCUAAUGUCAUAUUUCAUUUAUUGUAAAACAGGUUUGUCUUUUCUUUCUCUUCUCUUUUAUCUCAAAAGAAAUAGAAAACACUUUUAAAAUUAAUGGUCUAAUUGGAUUCAUGUAAAUAUUUUUUUUAUUUAUUUGCAUUCAAAAUGAAUUCAACUAAAUUUAGCAUUGUUUAGAUUUAAUGAUUUAAAUAAAUGGCUAUUUUUCACUUAUUGUAAAUAACACAAUUAAAACGUGGUAACAUGAUCAAUUUGGCACACAUUAUUUUCUCAAACAUUUUUUAAAAAUUAUAAUUACAUUAACUAUAAAUGGUGAAAUAAAAAGUGGGAAUGAAUGACUACACAUUUGUAUGUUUUUGACCUCAUUUUUGAAUGUCCUGUUCCAUCUUUCCUUCUCAAAAACAAAAAAUGUGGCCCUUCAAUACAACAAUUUGCCCACUCCUAAUUUCUGGAGUUCGCCACCUUUUAUAAUCGCCAUCCACUGUGUUCUGAAAAAACAACAACAAACAAAAACAAAAUGUCCCCUUUUUUUACUGAUUUCACUUUGUCUUGCUUUUUUUGGGAGUAAAUUGUUUGUCUUGUCGUCAGUCUUGACUUUUGUGCCAAAACGGAAUGUCUGCAUCAAAAUGUGUGUGUCGGUGUCACCUUUAAUCAUUCACACAAUGCCUCGAGAUGCUCGCAUUUAAACGGAAGAUGAUAGAAAAAAACAACAGCAACAACUUUAUUUACUGAACAAGCAGACACGGUGGAAAAACACGCCGAGGGGUUCUUUUUCUUUCAUACAAUGUGCAAAAAGUUAUUUAUUGUCCGCGCACGCGCGCGUGUGUGUGUGUUUAUGCUUCUGCUGUACAUUUGGUUUCAUUUUAAAACACUUAAUGUGUCACCGCCAUUCUUUUUGUAAAUAAAUCAAAUGUGAGAUAUUAAAAACAGAUUUAAAAU